UAAAGGCGACAAAAUUCAAAUUGGCGCAGGAACCCUCCAAAACCCUUUUUCCAUUUCAUUCCUACUUCCUAGGGUUUUAGCCUUUUUCGGACACCGAGUGAGAAAAAUUCGCUCUCGUCUCGUUUAUUAUCCUUCGAAAUCCCAAAAAUGGAGCGCACACUCCCAUGAACCCGUUCUCUCUCAAAACCCCACCACCGCUUCCUCCUCCUCCAACAAUGGCCUUCUCCUCCGGUCUCCGCUUCUCCUCCCUCCUCCGCUGCCGCCUCUCCUCUCCCCUCUCCUCCGCUCAAUCCUUCAGGCUCCGCCAGAACCUGCCGGAGUUCCGCUUUCUCUCCGCCGCCCCUCGCUCUCGCUCCCGGAUUCCCCGCCCCGUGAAGGCCAGGCGGAGGGACGAGCUUGCGAAUGGAGGCGGCGGCGAAGGAGAGAAUGGGAACGGCAGCGUUCUGGUGAAGGAUGGGGGCGGAAGCGACGGCAGGGUUGUCGCCGCCGAGCUCCACAAGGAGGCGACCGAGGCGUACAUGGCGUAUGCCAUGUCGGUCCUGCUAGGCCGCGCCUUGCCGGAUGUCCGCGACGGCUUGAAGCCCGUGCACCGAAGGAUACUAUACGCAAUGCAUGAAUUGGGCCUUUCAUCAAAAAAACCAUUCAAGAAAUGUGCCAGAGUUGUUGGAGAGGUUUUAGGUAAAUUUCAUCCACAUGGAGACAGUGCUGUCUAUGAUUCCUUAGUGCGAAUGGCUCAGGAUUUCUCCUUACGAUUCCCACUAAUCCAAGGGCAUGGCAAUUUUGGUUCUAUCGAUGCUGAUCCUCCUGCUGCGAUGCGUUAUACAGAGUGUAGAUUAGAUCCACUGGCAGAAGCAACAUUACUGGCGGAUUUAGAACUAGAUACAGUUGAUUUUGCUCCAAAUUUUGAUAAUUCACAAAAAGAACCAUCACUUCUUCCUGCCCGUCUACCAACUUUACUGUUGAAUGGUUCUUCUGGGAUUGCGGUUGGCAUGGCAACCAAUAUUCCUCCUCACAAUCUUGGGGAGUUAGUUGAUGUGCUCUGUGUCUUGAUUCGGAACCCAGAAGCUACACUGCAAGAAUUGUUGGAGUACAUGCCUGGACCUGAUUUUCCAACUGGUGGUCUGAUCAUGGGCAACAUUGGCAUCUUAGAGGCAUACCGAACUGGGAGAGGACGUAUUGUAGUCAGAGGCAAAACUGAUGUGGAAUUGCUUGAUUCAAAAACAAAGAGAACUGCAAUAAUCAUAAAUGAGAUCCCUUACCAGACCAAUAAAUCCGCUCUUGUGGAAAAGAUAGCUGAACUUGUGGAGAAUAAGAGUAUCGAUGGCAUAAGUGAUAUUAGGGAUGAAAGCGAUCGCUCUGGAAUGCGCAUAGUCAUUGAGCUCAAACGCGGAUCAGACCAUUCAAUUGUUCUAAACAAUCUCUUCCGGCUCACAUCUCUUCAAUCUAGUUUCAGCUGUAACAUGGUGGGUAUCCUCAAUGGACAGCCAAAACAAAUGGGUCUGAAGGAAUUGCUUGAGGCUUUCUUAAAUUUCAGGUGCUCUGUUGUUGAAAGACGUGCUAGGUUUAAGCUUUUCCAAGCACAAGAAAGAAGACAUAUUGUUGAGGGUAUUGUUGUGGGGCUUGAUAAUUUGGACGGAGUGAUUCGUAUAAUAAGAAAAUCUUCAAGCAAUGCCGUUGCAUCAACUGGUUUGCAGAAUGAGUUCAAUCUUUCUGAGAAACAAGCUGAAGCUAUAUUAGACAUAAACCUAAGAAGACUUACCCUUCUUGAGAGAAAAAAGUUUGUUGAUGAAAGUGAAUCAUUGAGGGGGCAAAUUUCUAAGUUAGAAGAACUCUUGGCAAGCAAGAAACAUAUAUUAGAGGUAGUUGAAAAAGAAGCAAUUGAGUUGAAGAACAAGUUUUCCAACCCGAGGCGGUCUUUGUUAGAUGACACAGAUGGUGGUCAACUUGAAGACAUAGAUGUUAUUCCUAAUGAAGAAAUGCUGCUGGCCUUUAGUGAAAAAGGUUAUGUUAAGCGGAUGAAGCCUAACACCUUUAAUCUUCAAACUCGUGGAACAAUUGGUAAAUCUGUAGGCAAAUUGAGGGUAAAUGAUGCCAUGUCAGACUUUAUUGUUUGCCGAGCUCAUGACCAUGUUCUGUACUUCAGUGAUAAGGGAACAGUAUACUCAGCUCGUGCGUAUAAAAUUCCAGAAUGCACUAGAACAGCUGCUGGUACGCCACUGGUUCAGAUCUUAUCUUUGUCUGAUGGUGAGAGAAUUACAUCAGUUAUUCCUGUCAGUGAGUUUUCUGGAGAUCAGUUUUUAUUGAUGCUUACAGCGAAUGGAUAUAUCAAGAAAGUAUCCUUGAGUUCUUUUUCGUCAAUCAGGUCGACAGGAAUCAUAGCAAUUCAAUUGGUUCCCGGUGAUGAGCUAAAAUGGGUUCGCUGUUGCUCAAACGAUGAUGUUGUUGCAAUGGCUUCACAAAAUGGAAUGGUCAUUCUAACAUCCUGUGAUAAAAUACGAACACAAGGCAGAAAUACAAGGGGUGCCGUGGCCAUGCGACUUAAAGCAGGGGAUAAGAUGGCGAGUGUGGACAUCAUACCUGGAGCAAUGCGCAAAGACUUUGAUAGGGUGUCAGGUCCCCCGAGCAAAGGCGUAAAUGGCCCGUGGUUGUUAUUCAUAUCGGAAAGUGGAUAUGGAAAGCGGGUUCCCUUAAGCAGCUUUCGUUCAAAACCUCUGAACAGAGUGGGUCUGAUAGGAUACAAGUUUGCUGCAGAGGAUCGCUUGGCAGCAGUUUUUGUGGUUGGGUUUUCGUUGGCAGGGGAUGGUGAAAGUGAUGAACAAGUGGUUUUAGUGAGCCAAAGUGGUACAGUCAACAGAAUUAAGGUGCGGGAUGUCUCCAUACAGUCCCGCUACGCAAGGGGAGUUAUUCUCAUGAGGCUGGACUAUGCCGGGAAGAUUCAGUCAGCUUCACUUAUCUCAGCAACAGAUUCUCAAGCCGAGGAAGAAGUUAGCUCUGCGGUUUCUGGCUAGGUUGCCGGUCAACUUCCUUUUUGUUGUGCAGUAAAUUAUUCUGGCUUCUCUGCUGUGAAAUUUGUCCGCCAGAUCACUUGAUGUAAAUGGCCCCAAAAGAGGUAAAUCAUGUUUGUAAAAGUUGAAAUGAUGAUAGCAGAGCAAAAUGAUGUACAGAUGAUUAUUCCCGAGUUUGGAGACCGUUACGCUGAAUGUCAUUUUCAUCUCCGUGUUUUUGUGCUCUAUUAAUCACUCUUUACAAAUUCUGCAUUGCUAAUUUCACCAUGAAAGCCGAUUGUGGUGGCUUGUGAAGCGGAUGGGGAAACAGUUUGAUUCUGUAAGUUGCAAUGGUGGGAUUGUGGUACAUUCUAGCGAACCAAGUAGUUGGAGGGGAAAACAAAUCGAAAAGAAGUAUUGAUAUAAUUGUAGAGAUUUCCAAAGUGGGGAUGUGAUGGCAUGUGAGAUUGCAAUCGAACCUAUAAGUUUUGUAGGUUAUAAAGAAUCAUUUUCGAUUUACGUGUAUUUUUUA